AUGGCGGAAGACGCGAACGCUGCUUGGCCCCUGGCCGAUGCCGCCUUCGCCCAGGAGAUCCUCGACGUUUUGCAGCUGGCAACUCAUGCGCGCCAAGCUAAGAAGGGAGCCAACGAAGUGACCAAGGCCCUCAACCGAGGUACCUGCGAACUUGUUAUUCUGGCCGCCGAUACCGAACCGCUCGCCAUUCUUCUGCACAUUCCCCUCCUCUGCGAGGACAAGGGCGUCCCCUAUGUCUAUGUUUCCAGCAAGAUCUUCCUGGGCCGUGCUUCCGGUGUCGAGAGAUCCGUCAUCGCUGCCUGUAUCACCUCCAACGAGGCCAGUGAGCUGGCUGGCCGUAUAAAGGCUCUCCGUGACAAGGUCGAACGUUUGGCUAUUUGA